AUGUCUACUGAGAAGAUCACUUUCCUAUUGAACUGGCAACCAGCUCCAUACCACAUUCCUAUCUACUUGGCCCAACAGAAGGGUUACUUCAAGGAGCAGGGUCUGGACCUUGCCAUCUUGGAGCCAACCAACCCUUCGGAUGUUACCGAGUUGAUUGGAUCCGGUAAGGUGGACAUGGGUUUGAAGGCAAUGAUCCACACGUUGGCUGCCAAGGCCCGUGGCUUCCCAGUGACCUCUGUUGCUUCUUUGUUGGACGAGCCAUUCACUGGGUUGUUGUACUUGAACGGCAGCGGCAUCACCGAGGACUUCCAAUCGUUGAAGGGCAAGAGAAUUGGUUACGUUGGUGAGUUUGGUAAGAUCCAGGUUGAUGAAUUGACUAAGCACUAUGGCAUGAAGCCAGACGAAUACACCGCUAUCAGAUGCGGUAUGAACGUUGCUAAGCACAUCAUCGAAGGUAAGAUCGACGCUGGUAUCGGUAUUGAAUGUAUGCAACAGGUGCAAUUGGAAGAGUACUUGAAGAAGCAAGGUAGACCAUCCACUGAUGCCAAGAUGUUGAGAAUCGACAAGCUGGCUUGUUUGGGUUGUUGCUGUUUCUGUACCAUCCUGUACAUCUGCAACGACGCUUUCUUGGCCAAGAACCCAGAGAAGGUCAGAAAGUUCUUGAAGGCUAUCAAGAAGGCUACCGACUACGUCUUGGCUGAGCCAGAGAAGGCAUGGAACGAGUACGUCGACUUCAAGCCAGAAUUGAAGAACGACUUGUCCUUCAAGCAAUUCCAGAGAUGUUACGCUUACUUCUCCGAGUCCCUAUUCAAUGUGCACCGUGACUGGAAGAAGGUUACCGGCUACGGUAAGAGAUUGGAGGUCUUGCCACCUGACUACGUUGCUAACUACACCAACGAGUAUUUGUCUUGGCCAGAGCCAGAAGAAGUCUCCGACCCAUUGGAGGCCCAGAGGUUGAUGGCUAUCCACCAAGAAGCUUGCAGAGACUGCGGUGGUUUCAAGAGAUUGGUCCUACCAGCUUAA